UGUACAUGGAGCUCAGCGCCAUCAUGCUGCAGCUCGAGGUCCGCGAGAAGGAGCUCCUCAGGCGCGAGCAAGCCGUGGAGAAGAAGUACCCGGGCACCUACAAGCGGCACCCCGUGAGGCCCAUCAUCCACCCCAACGCCAUGGAGAAGCUGAUGAAGAGGAAGGGGGUGGCCCACAAGCCAGGACUGCCCACCAAACGGCCAGACCUCCUACGCUCUGAAGGCAUCCCCAGCACGGAGGGGGCUCCCCAUGCGUCACCGGUGUCUGGGAGCCCCAAAAUAUCGACCCCAGGAAGCAAAGGCCGAUACCGCAGCAAACCCCGCCACCGCCGGGCAAAUAGCAAAGGAAGCCAUAGUGACUUUGUGGCCACCAUCUUGAAAAACCAGCCAGCCCAGGAGGCUUCCCCCCAGGGCAGCCCCUCCUGCCCGCCGCCCCCCCCUCCCCUCC